AUGGAAAUACCUUUGAAUUUCUUAAGUGGUCAACCAACCGUGGCGUCUGGCGUGGCGAAAGAAGAAAAGAACAGAAGCGAUCAAUGUUCAAAACGUGUUAAUUUGCUUGCAAUAAAACAGAAGGAAAAAAAUAAAAUAAAAUUCACCCCGGAAAUCGUCAGCAUGAAGGCAAAAUGUCAAAGCCAGGAAGAAAGACGAAAAACAACUGAAAUUUGA